GUUGGAACCUGAACUGAGAAGAGCACCUUACAAUCGAUAAAACUCCCAUGAUUUUACAUCCUAACUGAACCAUGCAGACUUUCCAAACACUUAGGAGCCGAUGGAAAAUGCAACAUCCCCUCUUUGACGUUUAGAGAAGCGAUCCCGUUUCUGUGAUCCGCAGUUGCUCUCUUUUACUGAAUGAUCACAUUGACUGAAUCAACUGUUUCUACUCUGUUUAGACAAAUCUCAAAGCCAUGAUAUGUUGUUCAUUGCAGUUUUGCUUAAUUGAUUAUCGAACAUCAGCUCUUUCAAUCGGUCAGAAUUCAUUUAAUGUUACCGAAAUUAUGCGGCUGUAAAGGCAUUCGUGUGUGUGGUUUAUGUUCCUCCGCGAACGCUGUGUUUCUAGACGAGAAAGAUGGUCUGUGCUUCAACUUAUGCUGCAUAUGUCGCCUAGCUUACCACCAUGCUCACCAAUGCGGUCUUUCAAAGAAUGAAAACGAAUUUCUCUUUACAAACGUGGAUGUUAUGCUCGAUUUCGUUUCCGAAUCCGAAGAGUCACUGCUCAUUGAUUCGCUGGAUAAGGACCCUUGGAGUUUAUCACAGUCUGGACGCCGAAAACAGGACUAUGGCCCUAAAGUCAAUUUUAAGCGUCGGCGUAUUUCUUAUGACGGAUUUUCAGGUCUGCCGUCGUAUAGCUGUUUUCUGGUCAAUCGGAUUAACAAAACCAUCAGUUGCAAUCCCCAGAUGGGCCAAAUAUCUUUCCAGCCCGUUGAGCUAUGUAAUUUGGAAUACUGCCCGGAUCGGACAUCUUGCAUCGUCCCACACUUGGAUGACGUAUGGCUCUGGGGAAGUCGAUUGAUCACAUUGAACUUGUGCUCCGAUACUGUCUUGACAUUUACACUUCCUGACUCCUCAGACUCACCUGAAGUGUUGAGUGAAAUAGAGCGAAUUCGCGGAUCACUUUCCGAAUCUUACGCUUGCAAGAUUUCGGAUAACCUGGCUGUUCGUGUUCCCUUGCCAAAACGCAGCUUGGUCAUCGUGGACGGCCCGGCAAGAUAUGUAUGGUUUCAUUCAAUUCGCCCCUCCGAUAUUCGAUCUAGGCGCAUCGCCAUGACUUUCAGGGAGUUAAGUGAACUGUUUCUCCCACCUGUAUCCGGAAUGGUACUGAACGCUGACCAACAGAUAGGUAAACAUUUGUUAGAAAUUGCUGCCUCCUACAAAGGUGUGCCGCGUUCUGUAAGCUAACGAACAUUUUCUACGAUUAAACUUUACUUCAACUUCCUGUACCUUGUAAGUCAAUAUAUUUGUGA